AUGACCGUAACCUGCUUCGCGGGGCCCUGGCUCACUAACGCCAUCGGCUUCAAAUACACCCUCUCGCUGGGCUCAAUCGGCUACCCGCUGUACGCCGCCGGGCUCUACCUCAACAACCGCACCGGGGCCACCUGGCUCGUCUACCUCGGCGCCGUAACCUGCGGCAUCAGCGCCGGCUUCUUCUGGAGCGUUGAGGGCGCCAUCGCAACCGGGUAUCCAGAGGCGCACAAGCGCGGCCGCUACAUCGCCACCUGGUUCUCCUUCCGCAACUGCGGCAACAUCAUCGGCGGCGCCGUCGCCCUCGCCAUCAACCACCGCACCACCCAGCGCGGCCAGGUCGGAUACCAGACGUACCUCGCGUUCAUCGCGAUCCAGUGUCUGGGGCCGUUUGUGGGGCUGCUGCUGUCGAAUCCGGAGAACGUGCAGCGCGACGAUGGCACGCGCAUCGAAGCGCCGCGCGACGUGCACUGGCGCACAGAGCUGGCCGCCAUGUGGCGUCUGCUCCGCAGCAGGUCCAUCCUCCUGCUCACCCCGCUGUUCUGGUACUUCGGCUGGAUCCAGGCGUACCCGGGCACGUACCUUGCGACGUACUUUACCGUGCGGUCGCGCGCGCUGGGCAGCUUCAUGCAAGCGGUCGUGGCGCGACCUGGAUCUGGGCUGUGGUGA